CAAACAUGCAUGUCCAGUACACCUUCGUCCUGAGCGUUGUCUUGGCGCUGUGUUGUGUAGAAGGCUUUUUAGUGACCAACUUCACUUUGCAUAUGGCUAACGGCACAGAACUUCGCUUAGUUUUGACUGACGGUGAAUGUCAAAGGUGUUUGUGUCAAAUGGAUCGCAUUUCAGAGUUGAACCAUGAUAUCGGUGCAGAAAGAGGUGGAAAUGACAUCUGCCCCAUAUGUGAUUGCAGAUAAUU